AUGUCUCUCCGAGUUGAUGAUGUGUCCAAGAUUGAUGCUUCCAAAGAAACUUGGGCCAUUGUUGUGAAGGUUGUAAGGUUGUGGUUAACUCCUAGCUACUCUGGAUCUAAGCUACCUUCAUCGUUGGAGAUGGUUUUGAUGGACUCCAAGGGCUGCAAAAUACAUGCUUCAAUCCGGCGUACUUUAGUCUACCGAUUCAAGAAUCAGUUGCUUGAGGGUCGUGUAUACCAGAUAUCAUUUUUUGGUGUUUGUGAGAAUGACGGUGAUUUCAGGACGACCCCUCAUCCAUACAAGGUUAAUUUUCAAAUGCAUACCAGUGUUAGGCUUAUGGCUAACACCCCCAUCACAGGAAAACCUUUUACCUUCAUGCCUCUAUCUGAUGUUGUCUUCAAGGAUCCUGACACAUUCUUCCUCAUAGAUGUCAUAGGUAUCUUGACUGGCUCCUCUGGUGAGCAGGAGUUUGAGAAGCAUGGUAAAGUGCAAAAGAGGAUCACACUAGAAAUUAAACAGGAAGGAGUUCGUGUCGAGGCAGCUUUUUUUGGAAAAUAUGUGGAUGAAAUAUUUGGGCAAUUGGCUUCUGGGGAUAUGACGAACGCUGUAGUUGUUGUCCAAUUUGCGAAGAUAAAACCUUUUAAAGGGAGGCCUAGCAUUCAAAACGUGUAUGAGGCAACCCAAAUUCUUUUUAAUCCUGCUAUUGAUGAAGCUGGUCCAAUUCGAGAAAGGUUUUUUGAGUCUAAUGGCCUUGCUGCUAAGGUCAUUUGCCAGCUUCAGGAUUCGGCAAAACUAUCUCCAGCAGAGGAUUUUCUAAAACAAAAUGAAGGGAAAACUAUUGAGCAGAUUAAAGAUUUGGCUGAGAAAUCUGUUUGUGUUGUGUUUGCCACUGUUAAAUUCAUUCCUGAUGACAACAGUUGGUAUUAUCCUGCUUGCAAGUGUAACAAAAAGGUGUACCCAGCUGAGGACAUGUACUUUUGUGAAGCCUGUGUUCGCCAUGUUGUUACUGCAAUUCCUAUAUACAAAAUUCGUUUGAGGGUUAUGGAUGCUAAAGAUUCGACAACCUUUGUUUUAUUUGAUCAAGAGGCCAACAACCUUCUUAAUAAGCCAUGUUCUGAAUUGGUUGGAAAAUGCCAUAAGGUUAUUUCAGAUAUACCUAAAUCCACUACUUUUCAAUUAAAUUUGUACUAUUUUUUCUCUAACUAA